AGUAGCAGAGCACGUAUUUUGACUACUCUGGGCUUCCGUACUCAGUAUUUGGUUUCCAUAGAUACCACUUGAGGCAGUAGCACAGACCGAAGCUGCUGUUCCGACAAAGUAUCAUUAUAUGUUCGUGGAAACAAUAACGCGACAUUUACCGAGUUAGCUUUGUGCUAAAGCUACUUACUCCUCAAGUGCAUUUCCUGUGGAUCAUCAUGUCUUUUAGAGAUUUAAGAAAUUUCACAGAAAUGAUGAGAGCGUUAGGGUACCCUCGGCUGAUAUCAAUGGAAAAUUUUCGAACACCCAACUUUACCUUAGUAGCAGAAAUUCUAAUUUGGCUUGUGAAAAGAUAUGAGCCUCAAAUGGAUAUUCCCACAGAUGUGGAUACAGAGUCAGACAAAAUAUUUUUCAUCAAAGCUGUGGCCCAGUUCAUGGCGACAAAGGCUCACAUUAAGUUAAACACCAAGCGCCUCUAUCAAGCUGAUGGAUAUUCAGUUAAAGAGUUAUUAAAGAUCACGUCUAUCCUAUACAAUGCUAUGAAGACUAAGCAGUUGACCUUGGAUGAUCCAGCUGAGGAAGACAAUAGCAAAUUCAAGUUUGACCUAAGUUCUCGAAUUGCAGAUCUUAAAGCAGCACGACUGUUGGCAUCAGAAGUCACCUCAAAAGGAGCAUCUUUAUAUGACUUAUUAGGAAAGGAAGUAGAGUUAAGGGAAAUGCGAACUGCAGCAAUUGCAAGACCUUUAGAAAUAAAUGAGACGGAAAAAGCACUAAGAGCCGCCAUCAAAGAGGUUUUGGAAAAUGUGGAGAAAACUAAAGAAAUGCUGGGCAACGUUGUUUCUGAUGAGGCGAGCCUUGAUGCAAAGAUCGAAAAAAAGAGACAGGAACUGGAGAGGAAUCGGAAAAGGCUACAGACACUGCAGAGUGUGAGACCGGCGUUCAUGGAUGAAUAUGAGAAGAUCGAAGAAGACCUUCAGAAACAGUAUAACAUAUAUGUUGAAAAGUUCAGAAACCUUUCGUUUUUAGAGUCUCAGCUGGAAGAAUACCACAGAAUAGAACAAGAAAGAUUCGAGGAAGCAGAAAACACAUUAAGAAUGAUGCAACAGAAAUUAAGGGAAGAAGAGAAAGACCUCAUGAAGGGAUCCUUGAAGGAUGAGGAGUCUGAUAUUGAUGUUCCAGAAGAUGAUGGUUCUGACAGCGACAUUGAGGAUAGCCGUCCCUCUAAGCUGCGCCCAACUAGAAAUGGCUUCUUAGCAGGCAGAGGAGCCAGGUACUUUGGAAACAUGCAUGGUGGAGACAGCGAUGAGACUGAAGGCAGUGAGAUUGAUGUGGAGGAGGAUGAAGAAGAUGAAGAGGAAGAGGAGGAAGAGAGCAGGGAUUUGGAGGAUGACAGUUUGGAUGGACCACGUGGUGGUGCACGAUCAACCAAAGGGGGCAUGAACCCUCCUUUGCUCGAAGAAAGUGACAAUGAUUUCUGAAAAACAACAAAACACAUAAACCAAACAAAACAUAUACAUAUUUAAAUUUUCUGUAUAUUCACAAUAUCACUGUUCAGGAAUAUUACUGUUACAAUAUUAAGUUCAAGAAGAAAUAUUGUAUAUACAUUGUUUUUUGUACAUUUUGUUGUAGUUAUAUUUUUUAUA